UAAACGCAGGGCAGUUUGUGCUGUAGAGUCAUGAACGGUUCGCUUGCGUUGUUGCUCCACAGGCUCGCGCUCUUGUCCGACUUGAGCGCGCUCAAAAGCGCGUGGCCGUGGCGGACGGAGCGAGAGAACGCGGCCCCUACACCAUCACCUCCUCCUCCUCUUCUGGCCACGCACGCGCUCCCGUUAUGCCGCGGGGACGUGCUCGAGGUGCCGCGCACGCUUUUCGUGCACUUCGGUAUCUAUCUCGGUGAUGACCGCGUAGCGCAUCUCGUGCCCGAUAUUCUUCCGGCAAUCACUGGAGAGCGCGCGCUCACCGCGGUCACCAAUACACGCCUUGUGCUCGGCUGCAUGUGCCGGAGCGCGAGCGUGCGUGUGGAUUCGGUGGCAGACUUCGCGUACGGCGCCCCGGUGCACGUGAACGCCAUGGACCGCAGACUCUUCUACGCGCUCCCUAUGGACGGAGAGCAGGUUGCGCGCAGGGCAGAGAGACGCGUAGGUCACGUGGCCUACAGCCUUUUGUGGAAUAACUGCGAACACUUCGUCACCUCCUGUAGAUACGGUUCACACGUGAGCCUGCAGACCGACCAGUUUUGUAGUGGCAUGAAGGCGGUUGUUCGGGAUCAGAGGAGCGUCCUGCUUUCACUCCUCUUAGGUCUCAUCUCCAUCAUUUACUUUGGUCUGGUACCAGCGACGACAUUACCCACAAUCCUCAUCUCUUUUACAUUAUGGAUGGCUGGCUGAAAAAGCAUACAGGAUCGAAUGUACUACAGACUUUCUGCAGCUUCGCCUCACAUGCUGUCUUUCAGCUUAUAAUCACUUCCCCUAAACACUUCUUAGUGCACACAAAUUCUAACCAACACACAUGCAACACACAACCGAGGGCUUUUUCACUGCAAAUACAAUUCACUUUAAUGGUGAUGUUUCAUUAAAGGUAACUAGUAUGUUCACUACUCAGCUUGUGCUGAACAAAGUGUGGGUUAAUGAUGAUUUUUGCUCAGAACUGGUUAAUCUGCAAAUUUUUGCAGUUUUUGAAAAUAUUACAGUGCGUUUUGCUUCACACACACACACACACACAUAUACAUCAGAUCCCUUUUGUAGUGAAGGGAAUUGAGCAAGUGCACAGACACCGAAAUAAGAUUGGAAUAUGAACUAUAUUUGAAUGAUAUACAAAUAAGUCCAGUUUUACUGAACUGUUUAUAGUUGAUGACCGUGUGUGUGUGUGUGUGUACUUAUUAGAGAUAUUAAGCACUGACAGAUCUGUAUUUUAUACCUUGGAUUUUAAUAAAUACAUUUUUUAA